AUGGUAAAUUCUACCAAAAGAACUGUAAAAAAAUCCGAAAAAGUUUUAGUAAAAUCCGCUGUUCAAGUCGACGAAAUAGAUAAUAAAGUCGAUAUUAAUAACGAAUUAGCUACUGAAUCUCAACAAGUUUUUCCAGAAUCUCAUCAAAACAAAACAACAACCGCUAGAAGUAUGGCUACACCACGUUCAAGAGGAGGUCGUGGCAAACGUCCAACCAAUACACCUGUUCGUUCAUCGCCUCGAAUCGUACGAAGAUCUGCGUCUUAUCCAAACGCUGUAAACCGUCACUUUGUCAAUGGCAUCCCCAUCUUGGAAAUUACACUUAGAUUCGACGAAGAUGAAUACGAUGUUUGGCGAAGACAAGACACUGAUGAAGUAAAUCUUCACUACUUGUUACGUAUCAAGUAUCCUAGAGACGAAGACGAGCAAGCCUGGCAAGCAGAACUAGAUAGGCUUAAGAGAGAAGUAAACGAAAUCAAAGUUAUUGAAGAAGGCUGGUUUGAAGGCGUUUGGGUUCCACUUGAAAAAGCCAAAGAUAUUGCUCAUAGAUAUAAUAUAUAUGAACAUGUUGCUGCUCUGCUGGAAUCAGAAAAUAGUUGGUUUGAUACACCGAAAAAACAGAGUGCAAAAAUCAAGAGCGAGCGUGCAAUGAAUCAAAUGAAUUCAAUGGUUGCAUUAAAUUCUGUAAGUUCUCAAUCAGAAGUGCCAGUAGAAACUACAAACGGUACCACUCCCACUACUCGUUCAAUUGCAACCAACAACUAUGUUAUGGCAAAUGGGACUGUCAGAUCGGAUAACGAAAUCAAAUCUAGAAGACGAACAUCCGAACGAAUUAAAGCCAAAUCCCAGCCCGGCCAAGAGUCACCGUCUUCAUCAACAAAACGUCUCAGAGAAAUUGAAAAUGAACGCGAUAUCAAGGAUGUCAAAGAAGAAGUUCAAAAUCUUAAGCGCAAAUCAGACGAAAUAGAGGAAUAUUUAAUCUACAAUGAAAAUGGAAAUAAUAAUAAGAGACGUGCUGUCUGGGCAGGAAUUGGAGCAGCCGUAGGUGCAGGAAUUACGGCAGUGGCCCUUAAUAGUAUGGGUUUUGGAGUUCCUGAAAUAGUAGAUGGAAUUUCUAAGAUCUUUAAUAGUUAA